UUAUCAUCUUCCAUCUCUAUAGUCUAUAGAAAGAUGUUCUUUUUAGGCAUCGAGAAAAAAUUUUGUAAAGGAAAUUGUUUUUCGCAUUGAGAAAAAUUUUGUCUGUACAUAGACAAUUUGACCGGCAUGAAAGACACGCGUAUAUACGAAUCACGGUUGAUUAAUUAAUACAUUCCUCUAACAAGCACUUAAUUAGCUAUAUAUAUACAAGUGGUUGGGUAGCUAGAUAGGCAAGACAAAUAAACAUAAUAAUAAUGGUAGUAAAGGUGUAUGGUUCAGCAGUAGCGGCAUGCCCGCAAAGGGUGAUGGCUUGCCUGUUUGAACUGGGGGUGGAGUUUGAGCUUAUCCAUGUUGACCUUAACUCCUUUGAGCAGAAAACUCCAGAGUUUCUACUUCGCCAGCCCUUCGGACAGGUUCCAGCAAUUGAGGAUGGAGAAUUCAAGCUUUUUGAGUCUAGGGCGAUUAUAAGAUACUAUGCAACAAAAUACGCAGAAAAAGGGUGCAACCUGAUAGGAACUACAGAAGAAGAAAGAGCUGUGGUUGAUCAAUGGCUACAAGUGGAAUCCAACUACUUCAACGACCCAGUCUACAACAUUGUUCUUCAGCUGCUCAUCUUCCCCACAAUGGGGCAGCCCACCGACCCCACUGUGGUCAAGAAAUGCGCCGACAAGCUUGGCAAAGUGCUUGAUGUUUAUGAAGAAAGGCUUUCCAAGAGUAAAUACCUCGCCGGAGAUUUCUUCUCUUUGGCUGAUCUCAGCCACCUCCCAGCCCUCAGGUUCUUGACGAGCGGCGGCGAAGAUGGUUUUGGCCAUUUGGUUAGUAGCAGGAAGAGUUUGAAUGCUUGGUAUUUGGACAUUUGUGGCAGACCUGCUUGGAGAAGAGUGUUGGACCUGAUGAACAAGAAUUAACAAUGGUGACAACUCCCAUGCUCAUCGGUCUAAAUCAUUAUAUCAUAUUUAAUUUAUAUUUAAAUAAUUAAACGACAACAUUCUGAUUGAUUUAUGUGGACAAAAGUAUGAUAAAUACCAUAGAAUCUAGCUUAGUAAUGUUGUUUGAAAUUAACGUUAUGUUUUCCAUUUUUCCCAAUCUCCCCUUUUUAGUAAUGCUGUUUGAAAUUAAUGUUACGUUUUCUAUUUUUCCCAAUCUCUCCUUCUUGCAUGUUUGAAUUGCUCAAUUCGUUGCGAAUAAAAUAGUCAUAGAUCAUCCAUUUUCA